GCAGGCUCCAGCCAGGCGAGACAGGCGGAGGCCGAGCCCGAGGGGCGGGGCGCUGAGCAGAGGGAGGAGGCCUGUGGCCAGCUGGCUCUAGCUCCGCUGUCAUGUCGCGCCAGACCAAGGAUGACUUCCUGCGGCACUACACCGUCUCGGACCCCAGGACCCACCCCAAGGGCUACACGGAAUACAAAGUAACCGCGCAGUUCAUCUCAAAGAAGGACCCAGAGGAUAUCAAAGAGGUGGUGGUCUGGAAGCGCUACAGUGACUUCCGAAAGCUCCAUGGGGACUUGGCCUACACUCACCGCAACCUCUUCCGGCGCCUGGAGGAGUUCCCAGCUUUCCCCCGUGCCCAGGUGUUUGGCCGGUUUGAAGCCUCGGUGAUAGAGGAGCGUCGCAAGGGUGCAGAGGACUUGCUGCGCUUCACGGUGCCCAUCCCAGCGCUCAACAACAGCCCCCAACUCAAGGAGUUCUUCAGGGGUGGGGAGGUGACACAGCCCUCUGAAGUGUCCAGGGACCUGCACAUCCUGCCACCCCCCCUCAUCCCCACAUCACCUCCUGAUGAGUCCUGGCUGCCUCAGACACUGCCUGUAGAAAGACGGGGCCGGGAGGAGUUAGAGGUGCCAGUGGACCCCCCACCAUCCAGCCCUGCCCAGGAGGCCCUGGAUCUACUCUUCAGCUGUGGCAGCACUGAGGAGGCAGCUGGCUCCCCUAUCCCAGGUCUCCUCUCUGAGGCUGAGCUUGCUCUCUUUGAUCCGUACUCCAAGGAAGAAAGUACAGGCCCUAGCCCCACCCACACAAGUGAUCUGGCAGCUGUGGAGGUGCAGUCCAAAAGGCUGGACCAGGAGCCCUGGGAGCCAGGAGGGCAGGAAGAGGAGGAGACUGAGGCAGGGGACCCAGCCCCUGCUUAUCUGAGUCAGGCCACAGAACUCAUCACCCAGGCCCUUCGGGAUGAAAAGGCGGGCGCCUAUGCUGCUGCGCUCCAAGGCUACCGAGAUGGGGUACAUAUCCUGCUUCAGGGAGUCUCGGGUGAUCCUUCCCCUGCCCGCAGGGAAGGUGUGAAGAAGAAGGCAGCCGAAUACCUGAAGCGGGCAGAGACCCUUCACGCACACCUGCCCUGAGGGAGUGGGUUCUCCCUAGAUGUCAGCUGCCACACUGCCAGCCUCCUCCACUCCUCUCCUGGCCCUGAGCCUCUCCUGCUCUUUUCACCCCAGGGGCCAUUUCUGUGUGUCACUGGAUCUAGAAUGAGGAAGGCAACUUGGCUCCCCACCUGCCUGCCUCCUUGGAAUCAGAUUUGAACUUCUGAGCCUGCCUGCCUCUAUCUGAUGUGGUAGCAGCAGCUGGGUCACUAAACUGUCAGUUUACCCAUCUAGAACCAGGGUGUACAACCUACAACCAGAUCUUACCCACUGCCUCUUUUUGGUGAGGCCAAUGAACUAGAAGAGUUUUCACUUUUUUUAAAAUGAUU